AUGUCGUUUCGCGCGUCACGACGGAUGGGGUCCGGUGUCGUCACGGCACCGUCCGGAUCCGCCGCGUCGCCGUUGACCGAACUCAAUUACCUGUUGAGUCGGUGGGAACAACGGAUUGAACGCGUCCGCCAAGCGCAGCAGCGACAACGGGAGCAACCACCGCCGCCGUCGCCGGCGUCGACGUCGCGGCCGCUGUUGGGACGAUUCGGCUUUGGACGCAAAGCGCCGGUGACGCCCACAUCCGAACACACGGGGGAUUCAUCCGAAUUAACGAGUCUUCCGAUGGAGACUCCUGUCGUGUCGCCCCUGCAGGAUGUGGUGCCGUCGACCCGGGGAACAACGCACGUGGCGCAAUUUAUUGAUUUGCCGGAUGCGGACGAUUGUGUAGAAGAUUUGCGGAGACUCGCCGAGCUCGUCGUGAUUGGGGAAAACUUUGUGACCACACUGCAAAAGAAAAAGGACACUUUGCGGUCGAAAGAAGGAUGGGGAGGCGACGUCUUUGAAGACUUGUCGGAACGGGAACGGGAAAUGGAAAUAGCGGAGGAAGAUGACCGUCUGCAGCUCUUUGAUACAUUCUUCGAACGCGAGGCCCUGGAGCUUAUCGUCACCCUCUUGAUGGGCCGUGCGUUUCACUCUACCCGUCAAGAUAUCCAACCAGAUGUAGACGCGAAUGAGUCGAACGACGACUCGAUCGAACACGAUUCUUCUCUGGCGGUACCGCCUGAUCCUUCGGACGAAGUCUGGUUGCCGUCCCUAUACAUUGCGACCCAGGCGAUUCAGUCCAUUUCCAUUCUGAUCCAGAACGUAUCCCGGGCCACGUCGCUUUACGUCAUUCUCUCCAAUAACCACGUCAACACCUUGAUCAACUUUCCACUCGACUUGUACGCGGAAGCGGAGCAAGGCCGACAGCAUGAUGCCAUCCGGGACGGCACACUCACGCACAUGUUCAAAAGUCCCGAACUCGCGGAACUGACCACCCACCUCGUUACACUGUUGAAAUCCCUAGCCAUGCGCAUGAACGCCGAAACGCUACAGUUCUUUCUCAAAUACCCGACCGAACACCUCGUGGACAGUCACGCGGGUCCGGCGUCUUCAUCGCACUUUGAACCAACAAUCGGUAGUGUUGAUUCCGUGGAGGACGACGACGACAACGAGAAGCAAGGAUCGGAAGGACUGCCAACGUACCGAGUCGAAUUUCCUCUCUACGAACGCGCCUUGGAAUUCUGCGCCGGUCACCACGACUCCUUUGUGCGCGUGACCGCCAUGAAUAUUUGCCUGAAUACCUUACAGUUGACGACCGUAUCGCCCAAAGAAGACGCCGGCGAAGAGACCAUGGAUUCCGUGAAGUCUCCCGACGGUGUUCUGCACAACUCCAAGGCGUUGCCUUUUCGGGAGCGUUUGGCCAUUGCCCAGCACGCGUGUACACCAUCUCGGGUGGAGCGGUUGGUCGCACCAAUCUUUGGCAAACUGGCGGAGCGAUGGAACUCUCUCGAAGAACACAUUCGAGAAAUGGACACACAUAAGAAUCGAAUGGGGGCUCAUGACGGGCGGAACGAGAAAAUGGCCCAGGCGCGUGAAAAAACCCGACGCGAACGAUUGCUGCGGGGCUUUCAAGAGAAAGCUGACAGUUUACAGGAUGAGUUAUUGUUGUUGGAAGACGUCUUCAAGGUCGGUCUUACAGUGUUGAAUGAGCAAACCAUUGAAAUGAUGCUGGCCACGUUCGUUUAUCCAUUGCUCCUCCAACCGCUACUGCUUUAUUAUCAACGUUUUGACGGUGCCGUUGACCCGGGAAGGAACGACAAGAUUGAACAUCCCUUUAGUGGAUAUGGAGGAGAUUUUAGUCACGCUGAAACCACCCUUGCUGCAGUAUCAAGUCCAGCAAAGACCGCGCUGUUUACUCUCGCUUCUGUGUUUCACUUUAUGACGAAUCCUCCCUUGCUUCGUCUGGUUUUUGCUGCACUAUUUCACCCGCUGUCACCCGACUCCAGCACAGUCCCUACCGUCAGAAGCAAUUUGGAAGUGGCGGGUCAAGGCAGCAACCAUCAAUGGACGAUUCGACUAGAUAUGAAGCGUACUUCAGACGGCCCACUAUCGGACGAUCGAACUACGUAUGACUUUGGUACGAAGCCAUCUAAUAGAAGGAUAGCCAGAUCCGAGAUGCCAACUUUAGAUAAAAUCGAAGAAAGCGAGGAAUGCAUCUUUGUUCUUUCUCCGGCACUGGCAGAGGUGCUUGAAUUUCGAGGCGGCGAUGACGCUCUCAUGGAGCGGACGCGACCGAAUCCGUAUCGCAAAUCCCUGCUUGAAUGUUUGAAUGUUCCUUACGAAAUGGACGAAGUACGUCAAUUAGCCGUCUGCGCAUUCGAUGUAGCCUUGUCAGUAUUCGAUCCCAGGUUUACUUCCGAUAUUGUUUUUGGUACGGAUGUGAACACGAAUAACAAGAUCGUUCUUGAGGAUCACACGCUAGAUGCAGAGCAAGCUCAACCUGAUAAUGAUAAAGGAAUCUGCGGGAGCGGUACUGAUCGUUCAUGCCACUCAUCGCCUAUAAAAGAAAGGCUCAUUGGCGUGAACCCAAUUGGUGAAGUAGUCACUGCACUUUGUGGAAGUGCUAUCUUCGCCCCAAAGGACAACUUUGGAGGGUUCAAUAUUGAAUUUGACAGCGUAGCUGCUCACGCAUUAAUUAACUGCGUUCGCCGAAACGACACAGCAAUGAGGAUAUCAGCAAAGCUCGUCGAAACGCGACGACGACAGUCAUCAGUUUUCAUUGCCCACCAGGUCACCAACCUACAAGAAAUGACUGUGGGUGGAGCGACUUUGUUCUUAAGUGGUUCGCCUGCAGCAGAUGAUCCGAACUUUGAAGAGCAGAUGCGGGGCAGAAUCACGAAUUUACUAUUCUUUGAGUCUAUGGACGAGCCAGUCAAACUUCCUGCCGUUGAGGGUUUCGUGGAGCUGCAAGGCUCUAGUACAAAGGGUGAUAAGGAAUUCUCUCUUUUAAUAUCUUCAGCGAGUACCUUUAAAGAUAUGUGUGGACGAGUUGGCAAUUACCUUUUGAGCGAGCUGGAUAACGGCGACAACCACUACGAUCAACAAGUACUCGAAGGCUGCCAAGCUAGUGCAAGAGCUUUAUUUCACAUCGACGCUUUCUCUGCCUUUCUUAAAGCUUUAGCGACUAAUGGAGGCGCCUCUAUCUACCACGCUGCACCUCAUGGACUCGCUAUUUCUGCCUCUGGGGGUUCCGUCGACAUAUCCGAUUCAUGCAUUUUAGAGAUGAAGCGUCAAAUUUUUGCCCCCCUCUCGGCAAACAUCCUUAGUGCAAUCUUUUUCAGCGAAAACGAAAUUCCAAAUCUUCCCAUUCCCGGUUCAAUAAUUUCGCUUGUUGGCAGCUUGGCGAUUCCAUGCGUCUGCGAGAUUCCGGCAUCGAUGUCUCAUCUCUUCUUGCAAAAUGGUUCGAUGAUUAUUUCCGAAGGCGUCACAUGGCAAUCACUGUAUCUUGCCUUUCAGCAUAAUUCUCUUGUGUUCGCACAACCUCAACCAGACGGCGAAGCAGGAAACGGGAGGGCGGUAUCGUCCUGUCUUUUGGAACGCCUCUCCGUCGUUGUUGACCAGUCACCGGAUCCUUCCUCGCCAGCUCGCCGCCUCAUACUAUCGUACAAAAGCUUUGACUCGGAUCCACCGCCUCUGUUUCUAUUUGACGAGCUUCCGAAGCGCGCGAAGUACGGCCCCUUCUCUAGAAUCGAGCCUUUCACUAGUACUCUGGAUGUGUGGUUUGAAGACCAACGUGCCACUGAGCAGGCGUUUCAAAUCUUUAUGCAGACUAUAUUUGCCGCCAAGGCACAAGGCGGCCUAGCAAUUUUCCAAUUCCUUUCUUCCUAG